AUGCCGCAAGUUAAGUGCCAGAGAGGACUGUCAGUAGUAGACCAAGCAUCCCUAUACAAUGUUGCAGAAGACUUAUUGAGUCAGAGAACUAAUGCCAUAUAUGCCCAACUAUUGCAAAUUCUGAAGCAACAACAGCACCUGGCACAAGUAUUGAAACGACCUAUCAUUACCCCUGUAGAAGUUGACUAUGUAAAAGACCAGCCUCAACGAACCUCAGCAGCUAGAUAUAAUAUGAAGAUAAGAAACAAACCAGUCGUAGCAGUAUUGGACUCUGGAGCUGCAGUGAGCAUUAUGUCAAAGAAAUUGCUUACCAAGCUCAGACUACAAAUUUCAGAACCAUCUAACGCUGUUGUUAUCACUGCGAACAGAACACGGGAAAGAGCUCUAGGAAAGUUGAAGGAUAUAGCACUACAAAUAGGAAGAAUCACUGUACCUACGGACUUUCAGGUUAUAGAAUCUACAGAAGAAAUGAUACUAUUAGGAAUGAGUUGGUUUAAGAAGUUACGUGCCUGCCUAUAUUUCAACGAACAAAAAUUGAUUAUUACCCACAAGGAAGAAAGCAUAGAGCUACCCAUUCACCAAGAAAAAGAAGUUAAAAUAGAAGAACCGGAGGAAAAAGAAGAGAAUUACGAGGAAGAUGACUAUUUUGAUACAUAUAAGGAAGAAGAUCUAGAUGAAGUAGAAAGUUACUUGACCGACGAUCAAGAGAACUUAUAUACUAAUCCAUGGAUCGAUGAGCAUAGCCCGGCAGCAUAUUUGACGAUGAUUGAAGAAGUUCUGACACCCAAAGAAACUGAACGACCCAUAUGA